AUGUCCUCUGCUGACGUCUCCUGGACACUGCUGGAAGGGGGCCACUGCUCCUCAGUGCUUGACUUUAGCAAAGGCGGCACAGUGCAGUGCGGGAGCGCGGGCGGUACCCAGCACCUGCGCGGCCGCACCCAGCGCAGCGCCACCGCCUGCGCCCGCGGCCUGCGCGCUGAGCCGGCCGGCUCGGCACAUCCCAGAAACCCGGCUGCGGAAAUAAACGGCCGGUGGCCCGCGGGAGGUCGCCUGGAGAGGCAGAAGGGAGCUCGCCCCGGCCGCAGGACCCCCCACCCCCGGCUUGCGCGACCAGUGGGCCCCGCCACCCCCGCCACCCAGGGCCCCGCCAGGCCUCUGCGCAGGGCGCCCGCAGCCCCGGCGCACCGUGCCAGGCGCCGGCGGAGCGCAGAGGCCCCGGCCCCGGCGAGCCGCGUCCCCCGCCCGGGUCAGGAUGCACGGCACGCAGUCCCCAAACACGGCCGGCGGCUGCUCACCGAGGCUCCCCGCGAGCGGGCUCCGGGCGGCACGGGCUCCGAGGCGGCGGCGGCGGCGUCCGACGGCCCCGCUCAGCCAUUGCAGUGGCGCUGCGGCGGGCGGGGGGCGCGCGUCACCGCGGGCAGGCGCCCCGAAACCCGGCCCUCCCGGCACUGCCGCUCACGGGCCGCUCCGCCGGGCGCGCAGGCUCGGCGACACCCGCCCUGA